AUGAACGAGGCGUAUGUGUUUGCAUUGGACUCGGGCAAAGCAAUUCAAGAAUAUCUUCUCGAUUGGGUGCACGAGAUACAGCGUUUGCUCCAGACUGGACAGCAUCUUGCCUUUCGGGUGUUUGUCAAUGUGUUUGUGGUCGCCGCCGCCAUCUUUUCGGCUACACUCUUUGUGUUAGUCGUACUGUUUGGAUGCCUUAAUGUUGCAUUCGCUUCUUCAGUGGCUUUGCGCCAUUACUUUCUCCUGCGCACCCCAGGCAAUCAACUGUUGCCCCUCGACUUCAAUACGAUGCCGUUUGAGACAGAGCUGUGGCGGCUGCAGAAUCUUGACGGCGCCGUUACGCAGGCAUCGCCUCUGCUGGAGGCACCACCACGUAGGAGCGACAAGGUGUUGACUGUCCUCGAUGAGGGGGGUGCCGGGACACAUCUGGCGGCGUCACUAAUAGAGCAAGCUUCCUCGCUUAAAAUGUCACUGAUCAGCAGAUAUGUUCAAAACACAGUCGCGACAAGCACGCUGAUCAUUCCAUCCCUUGUGGAGAGGGAAGUGUUUCCUCCUGGCGGUGGUGUCUCCAUGGAGGCUCUCUUUCAGCGUGGAAAGCCGAUGUUCAACGCGAAGGGCGUAUACGAUGCAAAGGUGCAGCUUGUCUUUUUACGCGAAGAGGUGGGCCGCGACGUGUCGAUGGUGCUGCAGUCGUCGGUUUUGAUUUCGGAGGACUCCAGCGUGCCGCAGGUUGUCAGCUCACUAGACGUGCUGUUCAAGACCACCACAUCUUUCUCCUUCGUGACAGGCGAGAAGGCCCGCAGUUGGCUGCUGCAGUUGCUAACAACGACGUUUAGCCUCGUCUUUUGUGUGCCGCUGUGGCUCUACGAGAAGAUCGUGCCUUCCCUGCAGAAUGAUGUCUUCCCGAGUAUUGACUCGUUGAGGGAGGUAGCUGUUGUCGCGACGGUUUACACGGACUUUGAGCCGCCGGUCGCUUUGCAGCCGCGGCUGCGUGCCAUCAACUUCACGCUAUACCAGCAGCAAGUGGGCGACGCACUGGGGAAGGUGCGGCUGACGCGCGUGUACUUCUAUACUACUGUCCAACUCACCGGCCUCGCGUAUUACUUCUCCAAGUACCCCUUUGGGAGCUUUGUGGCCACCACACUUCUCUUGUUUGCCAUUUUCACAGCCGCUGUGGUUGGCGUCUCACUGGCGGCGGGGGGCGUGGUCUUCUCGCUGCACGUGCGUGCCAAGCGCGGCCCAGAGGACGCCAUUGGUGCAGACGACAUCGAUGACAAUGACGAUGCUGACUUUUCGGACCCCACGAGGCCGGACGUGAGGUUCCGCACGCCAAUGUCGAUGUCCCUGCGGGACGCGGAGUAUCUUGUUGGUGGCUUUGAGAGGACACCGUCGUCGUCGUCUUUCAGCCUCCACGAACUGCUUCCGCCUCAUAUACGCAGGAAGAAGUCCGACUAA